AUGUGCAAAGCAUACAAGAAGAGGAGAAAGAAGAGGACGGACGCCGGUGGUGACGAAACAGAAACUAGCGCGGACGAGAGCAGCGCAGACCCGGGGACUGGGGAGCCGGAGCAGACGGCAUCGGCCGCCGAGGGAACGGCAGACGACGGUGAGGCGGAGCAGACGUGCAGGGCGAGACGAGGGAGGGAGCAGGACUUUGCGGAGAUCAGCAGGAGGAUGUACGAAGAGAUUAAGAGCAGCAGGGACCCGAGGGACCAUGUGGAAGACGGCUAG